AGAAGUCCCAUUUAUAAUCGCCGCUCACGUCUGACGGCCUCGCAUCGUCCCAUCAAGCCUCGCAUCGGUUCCUAAACCGUGUUUCAUCCCGCCAACUGCCCGCAUGGCGAGUUCGGUGAUCUCCAAACCCCACAGCAGCUUUGAAAAUCAUGGAGAGAUUCACCCAGUUCCGCGAUCGAGGGUCGGGUAUCGCCCCCUUCCUCCCCAUCCCUUCCGAACCGCUUAGCUUCCAGCUGCCGCUUCGCAUCUUUCUCUUCUGCGUCCGCCUGCCGUUCUUCAUCUUCGUCUGUUUGAGUUACUUCCUCGUCCUACAAUGGCUUCCCAUCGGAUCCCUGGGCAAGAAGGCAUCCCUGUGGUGCAUUCUGGGCGUUCCCAGUAUAUGGUGGAUUGAUCUGCAGGUGGAUGGUGUGCGAAAAGGAUCUCUGUCCAAGCAACAUCAAGCUCGUCUGCCGGGCCCCGGAUCCGUCAUCGCCUCCUCCUUCACCUCCCCCAUCGACGCCGUCUAUCUCGCCGCCAUCUUCGAUCCCAUCUUCACCGCCUCGUACCCCAACUCGCGCCAGGUCGAACACAUCUCUCUGUUGCAAGCCAUCCUGCGCGCCUUCGCCGCACCCCAACCGAGCCCUCCCCCGGGCACGCGUCUGGUCGAACUCGCGACCCUCGUGCAGAAAUAUCCCGGCCGACCGAUCGUCACCUUCCCCGAGUGCACAACCACCAACAGCCGUGGCAUCCUGCCCAUGAGUCUGGGGCUCUUGAGCGCCCCGCUCGCGACCAAGGUCUUUCCCGUGAGUUUGCGGUACACCCCGGUGGAUGUGGUGACUCCGGUGCCCCGGUGUUAUUUGAGUUUCCUGUGGAAACUCCUGAGCAAGCCGACCCAUUGCAUCCGCGUUCGGAUCGCGGAGGGGGUCAAAGUGGAUGCAGGCGACUCGGCUUCGGCUUCCGCACCGAAGUCCACGUAUGAUACGAAUUUCCUGGAUACCUUGGAUCAGAGCAACGGCGUUUCUGGGGAAGCUGGCAUCACCCGAAGCGAGCAGGCUUUGCUGGACAACGUGGCUGAAUCGUUGGCCCGCCUGGGCAGAGUCAAGCGGGUCGGAUUGGGUGUCCCCGAGAAGAAGGAUUUCGUCCGUAUGUGGACCAGAACCCGGCGGACAUGGUGAGUGUGUGUUCGUUUCAGGGGUAUAAUGUUCUAUGAAUGAGGCAUGGGGUUAUAUUAUCGAAUUCUUGGACUAGUCACAACUGUUUCGGUCGGGAAAUGGAGCGUCUUCUUUCGUUUCUUUAGCCUUUAUGUAUGUUCUAUCGGAUACCUCUUAAUUCUGACAUUGCAAGGUUUCAAAUAUACUCCGACUUAU